AACUUAGGCAUGGGGUUUCAAAUUUUGGUAUUGACAUAUUUUCUAGUGGCUUUGGCUGUUAUUCAACACGUUGGUGCUAACAUUGAUGCUGGUUUCGUUCAAAGAAAAGGAACACAUUUUAUUCUCAAUGGGAAGACACACUAUGUGAAUGGAUUCAAUUCCUAUUGGUUAACAACCAUGGCAUCUGAUCCAUCUACAAGUUCUAAGGUCACUUCCACUUUUCAACAAGCUUCUCAACAUGGUUUAAAUGUAGGAAGAACAUGGGCUUUCAAUGAUGGAGGUUAUAAAGCUCUUCAAAUCUCUCCUGGUUCUUAUGAUGAAAAUGUUUUCAAGGCAUUGGAUUUUGUGAUAUCAGAGGCAAGCAAAUAUGGAGUGAAACUUAUACUUAGCUUGGUGAAUAAUUGGAAUGAUUUUGGAGGCAAGAACAAAUAUGUGCAGUGGGCAAAAGAACGUGGUCAAAAUAUCAAAAACGAUGAUGACUUCUUUACACACCCCGUUGUUAAGCAAUACUACAAAAAUCAUGUUAAGGCUGUGCUGACAAGAAAGAACACCAUUAGUGGAGUGUUAUACAAGGAUGACCCAACUAUUUUUGCUUGGGAGCUUAUGAAUGAGCCCCGUUACGUAAAUGACUCUGGAAAAUCAAUUCAGAAUUGGGUUAGUGAGAUGGCUCCCUACGUCAAAUCCAUUGAUAGCAAUCAUAUGUUGGAAAUAGGGCUUGAAGGGUUCUACAGUGAAACAAUGCUACAAAAGAAGCAGUUCAAUCCCAAUACUGCUCAAGUCGGAACUGAUUUUAUCUCUAACAAUCAAAUUCCUCAAAUUGAUUUUGCAACCAUUCAUAUAUACCCUGAUCAAUGGAUACAAGGCUCAGAAGAGACUACCCAAAAUGUAUUUGUUGAUAAAUGGAUAGGAGCACACAUUCAGGAUUCAAAUACUGUUUUAGGAAAGCCAAUAAUUAUAGCAGAGUUUGGAAAGUCUUCAAAGUCAGCUGGAUAUAGCAUAGAUAAAAGGGACAGUUACUUUAAGAAAGUAUACAAUGCCAUAUCUACAAGUGCUAUCAGUGGAGGCUCAUGUGCAGGUGGAAUUUUUUGGCAACUCCUGUCUCAAGGGAUGGAUAACAUGGGAGAUGGCUAUGAAGUCAUUUUUGAGAAUAGUCUUUCAACUUCCCAAGUCAUCAAACAACAAUCUUUAAAAAUGUCAAGUAUCAGAAAGCAGAAUUGAAGAAAAUAAUUCUCAACCUAUCCAUUUUCCUUUUUAUUUAUGGAACCAAGCCA